AUGGCGUUCCUGCUUCGCAAUUCCAUCACUUCCCAUGUCCAAUCUCAUUCACAGAGGACACAAAACGACUCGCUUUCCCAAUCGCGCCGUCAGUUCCAUGUCGAACCAGGGCCUCGCGAGAAAGCUCUCUUGGCAGAGGACCCAUCUCUAAAACGAUUCAAAUCGCAUAAGAAGGGUGUGGCGAGAAUUAAAAGACUUGGAGAUGUUCUUACCGUUGUUGUUGUUGCUAGCUGCUGCUAUGAAAUAUAUGUAAGAGCAGUGAUGCGAGAAGAGGCUAGGAAACAGGCAGGGGCUUCAGGUGCAAGUGCAUGA